UACACUUGAUUAUACUGGCAUUUAUGAAUAUUCUGAUUCUGCGGGUCUUCUGAUGGAGUGUGUUAUUGGAAUUGCUUUUAAAGACUUUGUAAUUAUUGCUGCUUAUUACAGAAUUAACAUUUCUAUCAUGACACUAAAAGGCCAUGCUGACAAAGUGUUCAAAUCAAGUAAUCAUAGUGUUAUGGCUGUCUGUGGUGAGGCUGGGGAUGUGAUUGCGAGUCGACACCUUAUGCAGCUGCAAACAACCAGGAAAAAUUUGGCUGAAGCUCUUCGCAGCAGAACUCCGUACAAUGUUAAUUUGCCACUCGCUGGUUACGACCCGAAGGACGGACCUUAG